AAAACACCACCCUUUUUCAAACAUUGCCUUCCCAAACACACACUCUUGAUCCUCUUUCCAAACUUGGGUCUUGACUCAUUUUUCUCCCCCUACACUUUUCUUGGAUCGUACCCUGAUCAAUCUUUAUACGUAUUCAUCACAAUCUUGUUUUUAUAUAACGGGUUUUCUGUGAUUCAAGAAAUGGGAAAGAAGAUGAUGAACUUUGGCAGGUUUUUAGACGGUUUGUGUAUAUCAAAUGGGGGUGCGAGUUCUUGUCUUUGUUGCAUUAACAGUUUUGAAAUUCAAGAUGAUGAUGAGUUUGAGAGAGAACCGUUUGUGGAUCAGUCCAAGGAUGCAUCAGAUAAGCCUCAGACGCUUGGCUUCUUUCUAAAACCAAAGAUGGUGGUGCUAAGGGUGUCUAUGCAUUGCAAUGGUUGUGCAAGGAAGGUUCAAAGACACAUCUCCAAGAUGGAAGGAGUGACAUCCUACCAAGUGGACUUGGAAACCAAGAUGGUGAUUGUAAUGGGAGACAUUGUUCCAUUUGAGGUGUUGGAGAGUGUUUCAAAGGUUAAAAAUGCACAACUUUGGACCCCACCAAUCUCAUAAUUCCAAUUUUAUUUAUUUAUCAUGUUUUUUUUAUAUCUGUAGAACUCAAAAUAUUAUUAUCUGAACGGUUUUUUGGUUAGGUUUAAUGUUAUUUAAAAUACUGUAAUGUGUUUAUUAAGUAAUUACGUAUUUAGAGUGGUCUGUGUUUG